AUGAUGAAAUUUGUGAAAAAUAAGAUGAAACCAACUCUAACACCAACAUUGCCAGAAGAUGUGACUGCAAUUGAAAUUGGAAAUGAUGUGGUUUUUGUGAGACCUGUGUAAGUUCUCAGAAUUUAUUGAUUGAAAAUUACUAACUUAAAUGAAAAUAAAUUUUGUAGAGUUGUGCAUCAAGUGAAUCGUCGAGAAAUGCAAAAUUCUCAAGGAAUUCAAGACGCCAUCGAUACAAUCAAUCGACUUUCUCGGCCAACAAUUCUUGGAACAGAAUCUGUUUGUUCGAGAGAUGGAUCGAUGGGAUUUUCGCCAGCAAGAUAUCGCCGCAUGACACGUUAGUUGAAAAAAAAAAUAAUAGAAUUUCGAGUUAAAGAUUUUUGAGAAUGAAUUUUGAGAAAAAAAUAAUAUUCAGAAAUUUUUGAGUAAAUAUCCAAAGAGAGUAAGAAAAUGCUGAAAUAUUCCAGAAAUUAUUGAUUUUUCAAAAUAUGACGAGAAUUCAUAAAAUGUUUUUCGCGGUUGGAAAAAUCAAAACUAUUUCAUCCGACCUAUUCAAAAUCCAAAUCCACUUUUGAAAAAUGAAUUCAAAACAACACGACCUUGAAAAUUCCAACUUGUUUCAGAAGUUCUUCUCCCCGAUAAGCUAUCGACAUCUAACAACAAUGAGGAGGAGAAAAGAUCAAGUAUGUUUUCCUAUUUUCUUCCAGCCAAAAACAAAUUCUUUUAGCUUGGUCAUGUUUAGAAGAUGCUCCAUUAGCAGGACCUUCACCUACAUCAGUCGAAAAUAAGAAUUAUGUGAGUUCUUCGAAACAUCCUACAUUUCAAUCAUCAUUUCUUUUGUUCAGAUUGAAUCUCCAUCUUUUGAUACAAAAUACGAUUCUUUGCCACGUGCACAAGCUCCACGUGAUCUUUGGGAACGAAUUGAUCCACCAGUUCUUCCACCAAAUCGACCACCUCCAAAACCAUUUACUGACAAUGGAACACAAACAAAUUGUUGUGAAUUGGAUUUCACAGUUGUUCAAACUGAAAGUUAUGAAGGAACAAGUGCAAUUGAUGGAAUGACUCCAGAUGAAAUUCGAAGACAAAUUGAGGAAAUUGAAGAAUAUAUCUAUAAAUCAUUCACAACAGAAGAUGUUAUGCAUAUAAUUCAACAAAAAAUCGAUGAUGCUGUUGCCAAAAGUGAGAAACGUGUUGAGAAAAAUGUGAAAGAAGUGAAAAAAGAAGUGAAAGAUAUUGCAAAAUCAGUGUCGAAUCAUAGUGAUACUUUGAAUACAAUUCGAAUGGAAAUAAAUCGAAAACAAAGAGGAUCUCUAGGCUUGGAAAAAGAGAGGCUACCAGCAUUAUUUGUGCCACCUCCAGUUCAAAAAGUUGUGCAACCUACAACUCCAGAAGAUCCAAAUGUUCAUGAACCUCUUGGUCGACAACAAUCAGAUGCUUCGCAUGUUUAUUAUCGAUUUUAA